AUGAGCUGGAAGAUGUUGAGCUGCUGGCGGGCAUGGCUUCGAGUGAUACCAACUAUGCCGAGGUGCGAUCCCGAUUGAACGGGCAGAUCUUGGAGCUGAUGGCGGCGAACGUUACUGAAGCCCUUCCACGGUACUGCCUGCCGUCCGCCAUCGCACGUGUCGAGGCGAAGAAGCCGGGCGAGAAGAAGCGGGCCUUGCCGAAGGUCGACUUGUCCUUCCCCAUCACCUUCUCGUCGUCGUCGUCGCUAUCCUCCUCCUCGUCAGAGUCUUCCCUCGCCUCCUCUGCCAACGAGCCACCGCUGCCGCUGCCGCCGCUGCCGCACCACGGCGAGCGAGGGGACGGCGAAGCCGCCGAGGCGAUGCUGCCGAGGGUCCACCACUUCGUUAUGACAGUCCCGCGGAAACGCACUGGCGGCGGCGGCGGCGGCGGCGGCGGCGGCGGGGGUGACGGCAGUCGGAAAGGCGUGAACCUGCAGGAGUCGGAGCGGCGGUGGGCCAUCGCGAAGGCGACGCAAGGCACUUUCCCCGCGGCGAUAGACCGCGACAGCAACAUCGUCCUCCACGGCGCCUGUCUGACGGUCUGGCGCAAGGCGGACAGCGACGAAGACGACGAAGGCGACCUUUGGGGCCGCGAUAGUGACGACGAUGACGAGGAGGACGGAACCAGGGCGAAGACAACCGCGUACGUUCCUAGGUGCGUCUGCGCGCUGUCGUUCGACCCUCUCUUCGACACACUCCGCGCGGUAGCCCUCGCCCGCGGGGGACACCCGGAGACCGCCAGAGCGCUCAUGGUCGGGCGGGGAGGAGGUGGUGUAGAGCUGUCAGCGGCAGCUCAGCGGGAUCAUCAUCUUAGCAGUAGCAGCAGCGGCGGUGGCCAGAGCCUGGCCACAGCGGCCGGAGGAGCCGCCGCCGCCGCCGCCGCCGCCGCCGCCGGGGAGAAGGCGGGGAUGCGGCUGGAGUGGGGGCUCGGGGACGCCGCCACGCUCAAGGCCGGGCGGCCGCCGCUGCCGAUCCUCCCCCCACCGCCGCCGAACCCGGGCCCGACGCUGCCGUCGUUGUUCGCGCCGUCGCUCUCUCGAGAGGCAGGGGGCGACGCGACUGGGAUGUUGAGGAAUCCCCCCCCCCUCGUGCAGUCGAACUCGGCGCCGGACUCGAUGGGGGGCUGGUCUUUCACGGGGGAAGGAGGGUAUUCGACUGGGGAGGAAGGGCCGUGGCGGGGGGGUGGCAACGGCGGUGGCGGCGGCGGGGCUAUCGGGGGCGGGAGCGGGGACCGCAUCGCCGGGGGCUUGUCGGCCUUCGGGCUGCCGCCGCUGGUGCCUCUGGAUCAUCCGGUUGAGCCGUUGUUCCAGGCGCUGAGCUCUGACAACGUGCUGCUGGCGUUGUCCGCCCUGAUGUGCGAGCGACCGGUGCUGGUGACCUGCAGCGUCCGGAGCUUGCUGUCGUUGGCGGUGUCGUCCCUGAAAGCGCUGCUGCACCCGUUGGACUGGCACCACGCGUACGCACCGCUGUUGCCGGCUGCUGAGGUCGUUUCCUUCUGGAGGUCUAAGGUCGCUCUGGACAAGAAAACUGCGCUAAACCACGGGCGGUCCGGGAGCCCUCCCCGAAUAACGCCCGGGAGCUGGGGGGCCAGCGGACGGGGCGGCCGCGGAAGCCCGGGGGGCGGGGGCGGACCCCCCCCUACCCCCCGCGUUCGAGCGACCCCGUUUCUGGUGGGGCUUGACGGGGAGCUCGUGCGCAUGGCGAUGCGAAACGGCGGUGGUAGCGGGAAGGGCGUGGUGUGGGGGGUGGCCUCCUCGGAGCCGUGCAUGGUGCCGGAGGGAGCAGAGGAGGAGGCGGGGGCAUCGGGCAUAGCCACCACACAGCCUAGCCCAGCGUUGCUCGAGGUCGUCAGGUGCAUCGUGAAACAGUCUGUGCACGUGGACUUGGACCACGAUGAUAUCACGUGGCCCCCGCCGCAGGCGCCGGACCCCUCCACGGCCGAAGAAGGGGGGGGAGGGGGCACCUCCAAGACGGACUCGCUUGGCUCCGGGAAGGAGAAGAAAAAGGGGGGCGAGGAGGCGGCGGGGGCGACGGGAGAUGAGGGAGGGGCGACGGGAGAUGAGGGAGGGGCGGUGGGGGUUCCGCUGGUUUGGCCCGAGGAGGCGGCACGGCGGGCUAGGCGCGUGGUACAGUCGACGCUGUUUCCUGACUUCGAGACCUUCGACGUGGUUUCUGAAACCCCUCCACAGGUGGACGACUUCGACGACGACGACGACGACUCGGCGCUGUUUAAGUGCAGCGGUCUUAGCGGCGGGGGUGCGGAGGCCUCUCUCCGGGACAAGGUCGAGGCUUGUCGAACGUCUGCUGCCGCGGCUUCGGCUUCGAGGAGGGGGAUCUCAGGCGGUGCCGGCACUCUGACCGAGUCUAUCGUCGGCAUGUACAUACCCACGGCGGCGGAUCUAGCCCUCAGGGCGGCGGUGGCGGGGCUGGUGGCUUCUGUCCUCGGACGAGUCAAAGAGUUCACCACGCUCUUCGCACAGGCCGGCCUGAUGCGGUUCGACACGGCAGGCUUCGUGAAAGCCGUUGCCACCCGAGGAAUCGGCGGCGGCAGCAAGACCGACGCCGGCGGCGGCAAUUCUGUGCUUGUCGGUAGCGGUUCGGGGGGAGCAUCGGCAGCGACCGGGUCGGCUCCUACGGGGGUUUCGGAAGGGUCGGGGGCGUCUGCCGGGGGCCACGCGACGGGGUCGAACACGGUGGACGAUGAGGCCGCUCCAGUUGUGGUCGGGGCUGCCGCCGUGGAUGACGGUAACGUUGCCGAGGGUGCCGGUGGCGAGGGGGGUCUGUGUGGAGUUCCAGGCACGGAGCUGUGCAUGGAACUGGUUCGCACACGAGCAUUUGCAGCGCUGCUGUCGGACGAGGUAUUCGCGGACGUCGACCUGGAGACCGUCCAGGGAGAGCUUCGAUUGCACUCGAGGCAGAUCAGGAAAUCGGCCCCGUCCUAGCCAGGAAGCAGCGUCAAACAGCAUGUUUCCGACGGCGUUUGACUUCGCCGUGGUACAUACAGCAGCAUUAGACAAGACCUGUUGCUUGGAACGCUUGUGUUUCGGAGUGACCGGCGGGUGAUGCUUGGUCUCUCAUCUGCUCCUCUGGCACUGAGAACAGUCGCGGGUCCCUCUGUAGGGCGGGUACGCGCGUAUGCGCCAUGCCGGUUCAGCCCCCCCUUUUGCGGCCACCAGUCCUCUUAGUUUCAGAGUGUAAAUCGACUUGAUUCUUUGAUCUGUGCCAAGAGCUUUUCACCAGCGCUAUGGAUCCCGGCCUAUCGGCCGACGACCGUUGUAGCCUGACGCGAACACGCGAUACAACAGUCAGUUGAUGCGAAGUCCGUCAGUCAUUUUUGUCCCAGCAGGCACUACCGCAGCAGUCACGGCCCAGAGCUGCUAGCUUGUUUGGCGGAGGGUUCAUGUCUUGAACCCUUCAUGGUUGUAGUAAUGUUCGCACCCAGAGGUGACAAGGGAAUAACUUCGGAGUUGCGGCCUGCUUUACUCGUCGUUCGUUGCAGUAUCGCAGCCCCGCUUUUCCCACCCUGAGAAGAGUAUCGCAGGCGAAACGCUUCGGUCUGGCGAGGCUGUUGAGAAGUCGUCCAGCAAGGCGCGCGGCGUUGCGACGAUUGACUAGUGGGAGCACCGUUGGUUUCUGGCCAUCAUGUUUUAUGUGUUUCACUUGGCGGCGUUUUCUGCCGUCACCCCCCUCGGUGUUUGCC